UGCUGAGGUUGAGCCCAGAUGCACGGGUGAAAACCUUAUACUCGCCGGAAUGCCGUCCUUACAGGUGGCAGCUGAGUGGUUCAAACCCAAUCCUUGAUUCUUUUCGAUCAACCACGGACUUCUAACCACAGAUGCAUCAUUGCCAGGGAGCCCGUAACCUGAUACGGCCAGUCGAGUGACAUUGCAGUUGAGGACAUCAUUGACAGCUGACUUUUUGACUAAUUCGUUGCAGAUCUAGCCCCAACCGACGUGUAGCCUGAAUGCCACAGUGUCUCCAACACCCACAGAGCCUGACCCUUCUCAGACCACCCGCUCAUCUCGAGAUUCAACAGGGUACCUGCACCCCUGCACCGUCUCAAUGUUUAAUCGGCUCUUCUACUGGGAUACGCUUUCUCAUGUACCCGAGUGAUCGCCAAAAUCCCGAGGGCCCGUGUCAAUAUCUGGAUCAUGUGCUAUUAAAAGAUGGAAUCCGAAACUCAUAUGGCCAGGUUUCUGGAAAUAUUACACUCACGGACAUUUCGAAGUAAUUCAGUCUUGCUUCAGAUGAAGGGCUCAUCAUGAUGAAUAUUUCCGGAAGAGACGGCUCUUGAUGUGGUGGCGUCGAACCAGAGUGCAUCACGUGACGGAGAUCCAUCAAUAAGCGUGCGAAGCAUCAUGCGAAGACCGCAUCUUACGCCAAUGUGGGGAUGAUGACUUGCUUAGCGAAGGCUAAUGCAGCUUCAUUGGAAGAAUUCAAAAGAGUUACACCCCUCGCCAUCGGAUCCCCUCGACAAUUCACUGAGACGCCAUGCAAUGGGUAUCUGCAAAGACCAUCACUAAUGUUCGAUUUGGGGAUUUGAGACAAAAGAUCGUCACUCAAUCCCACCCGAAUAACAAUAUUGGCGAUGUGUCAUAAGACACAAAAUGUGGUUUAAUGUGCAUGGACUUCCGGGAGCCAUCUAUCGCUAACACCCCGCAGUGAUGCCACCAACCGGGAUGAAUUCCCCAUAAAAUCAAACGACGUGACACUGCGAUUCAUCGACAGGCCAUGUCAAUGUAUCCCGCAACUCUCUGCACCAAAUGCAACGAUUCCGUCCAUUGGAAUGUCUUUCCAACCCUCCUCUCUCAUCGACAUGUCAGGCAUUCUCAAAGUCUAAACCCGAAAUUGUUGAACCUCCUAGGAACUUGCCACCCACACGUUCCGAUCUCCGUCAGCCUCUGUCCUUGUUGCUACCAUCUAUUCUCCCUUCCAUUGACUGCAGAAUCAAUGAUCUGCAGUGCUCACUGGUCAACCUCAAGGGCUUACCUCCACUGAACAGAUUCCAUUUCAGCUUCCUAGCUUAGGAUUGACAGGCGGAUUGAGCCGAAUCUAAGAGCCUGCUUCUGCAAAGUCAUAUACUUCUCCACAUGUCUCCGAGGCAGUUGGUCUUUGACCUCCAACGCCUCCAUUCUUUGUGAGACAUGCGUUAGUCCCCGUCUGCUCAUGCAAUGGUACUCGAAACCAACCAGACUGAUCACUCAGGUCAAUCACUUGCAGUCGUCGUCAUGACGCCACUCUUCAUGGAGUCAUGAUGACCAGGAUAUCUGACUAUUGCCCCGCGAUACGAUGGCUCGGCGAAUUAGUCCAUCUUGUUUAUCCCAUUCGUUCUCAACAAGUUGACAGCUACAAAACUUGUCGAAGUUCCAUCGAAGCUCACAUUUCUUUUUUAUUUUUCAGACGAGCCUCUUUCAUCGUUGAUCCAGACCCUGAGCACUCGCUUCAUCUGUGGUCUUUUCUACUUUCGCCGUCUAUAGCAUUCGCUUUCCCUGUUUUGAGCAAGGUCCCUCCAACCACCGCCAAUUCCAUCACUAAACCUUGACGAUGCAGUCUUUCGCUCUGUUGGCCCUGGUUCUUGGGGUCUGUGCUACACCCUUCCCCCAAGGUGUCACCGAGGCCAUUCCUCCUGAUUCCCCACCGCCAGAAGGCUGCAAGACAACUGUGUCAGAGACGCUCGAGCUCUACGUGACAAAUGUGACAACGUCAACCAAGCGUAGCUUGUCAUCGCGACAACUCGAUGGCCCCCUCAAAUUGACUCUCACAGAUUCAGUUCUGAAGGAUCAAGCCGGUCGAACAGGGUACAUUGCUGCCAAUUACCAGUUCCAGUUCGAUGACCCACCACAGGCCGGUGCCAUCUAUACCUCCGGCUUCUCAUAUUGUGCAAACGGCAGCUUCGCUCUCGGAGGCUCGGCAAUAUUCUACCAAUGUCUCUCUGGCAACUUCUACAAUCUUUACGACCGAGACUGGGCAGAGCACUGCAAUGCUGUCUACUUCUUGGGUUAUAGUGGUAGCUCCUCGGCACCAGCCGCCUCUCAAGCGAGCGAUGGCCAGCCUGUAGCUACUUCAAACGCCCCCGUUUCUCAGAUCUCCGAUGGACAACCUCAGGCUAGCACCGGUGCCGCUCCCGUUACUCAGAUCUCUGAUGGACAGCCUCAGGCUCCUACUGGUGCCCCAGUCACUCAAAUAUCUGACGGCCAGCCACAAGCACCCACUGGUGCUCCCGUAACUCAGAUCUCUGACGGCCAACCACAAGCCCCCACUGGCAAGCCUGUCACCCAGAUUUCUGACGGCCAGCCACAAGCACCUACCGGUGCCCCCGUUACUCAGAUCUCUGAUGGACAGCCUCAGGCUCCUACUGGUGCGCCAGUCACUCAAAUAUCUGAUGGUCAGCCACAAGCACCUACUGGGGCCCCAGUGACCCAGAUCUCCGAUGGACAACCGCAAGCACCCACUGGCAAGCCCGUCACUCAGAUCUCUGAUGGCCAACCUCAGGCUCCUACCGGCGCACCCGUAACUCAGAUCAGUGACGGGCAACCUCAAGCACCAACUGGAGCCCCAGUGACCCAGAUCAGCGACGGACAGCCCCAGGCACCCACAGGCGCACCUGUCACUCAGAUUAGCGAUGGCCAACCUCAAGCGCCUACCGGAGCACCCGUGACUCAGAUCAGCGAUGGACAGCCACAAGCUCCUACUGGCGCCGCCGUGACACAAAUCAGUGAUGGCCAGCCGCAGGCACCAACUGGCAGCGGAGCAUCUCCAGCCACAUUCACCGGCGCCGCCCAUCACGAUGGCCUCUCUGGUGGUCUUGCCCUCGCUGCCGGUAUCGCCGGUGUCGUGGUUCUUUUGUAA